AUGCCUACUAAGAAAGAAGUCGAGUUCGAGACCCGCGAUGGUCUUACAUUGAGAGGCUUACUGACAUUGCUGGAUGCACCAAACGUGCCAUUGGUGAUUUUCGUGUCCCCAUUUGCUGUUACAAGAGGCCACUUGAUGGAUCAUCAAACGAAUCUUUUCAACGAAAACGGAUUCGCAACGUUGACGUACGAUGCAAGAACAUUUGGCAAAAGCGAUGGAUUACCAAGACACAAUAUAAAUUUUGAUAAGCAGUCUGAGGAUAUUUUUGACGCUGUCACAUACGGUACAUUUUUAACGCCGCAUGUAGACCCAGAACGUAUCGCGAUUAUCGGCGGUGGGCAUGGAGGAGGCGCAUCUAUCCGAGCGACUGCCCUUGACCCGCGAGUCAAAGCCCUUAUUUUGCAAGUCCCAGGAAUAUCGGGCGCAAUCGACGCCCAAUUUUACCCACCAGGUCUGCUAGACCAAUCGAGAGCAGCUUUAGCGCGACCAAAGACCUCGGAGAGCGAGCAAGAGUACAUACAACUUUUCCCGGAAUCAAUGGAAGAAGCCACUGCGGCUACUCAAAAAGCGCUACUCGGAGGGCCAGCGCUUUUUAACUUUCACUCUUACAUAAAAGGGAACUGUGAUGCAAAGGAGUUCAAUUGGCAAAACAGAGUCACACUCGAAAGCGCCUUUUAUAAUUUCGCCAACGAAUUCCAAGCAUAUCUGCCGCGAGUUUCUCCUAGGCCGCUCUUAUAUAUCGCGCCCAGUGGAGAGCUUCCUGCUGAGCCUCAUGAGGAAGCGUAUGCGAAAGUAAACGAGCCAAAAGAGUUUUACAAGAUCGAACCAUUUGACUUUGGAGGAUAUAUGAACGGCACGGCGAAGGUGUCCCAGAAGGAUGUCGAAGUGAAGUUUUUACAGAAGCAUCUUCUGUAA